CAUGGUAUAAUUUGAAGUGACGAAUUGAAUGUUUAAAGUGACGAAUUGAAUGUUUGAAAUGACGAAUUGAAUGUUUGAAGUGACGAAUUGAAUGUUUGAACAACAAGUUUGAAUUUUGGCGGGGAUGGAUACCCAAAGUAUGGGAACUUCCCUUUAUCUGUCAGCAAAGCCUGCUCAGCGCAUGAGCCAACGAGAUGUCUAUAAACCUGUCGUCAACUGACGACGGUGAAGACUCGAAGGGAAGCGAACAUGGUUUUCAGAAAGUUACGACGAGGACUCUGUGUUUUAGUGCCUAUCUACGUGUGCCUGGUGUUCAUUGGAUUUUUCUCAUUCAUAUGGUCACGCUCUAGAAACCCCCAAACGCAAACACCAAUUGCAAUUGUGCCCGUGAUCGUUUACACGGAGCCAAUUUCUUUCGGUAAUACUUCGUUCAAUUCAUCCAAAAUGUCUGGAGUGUUAAACUUGCACAUAUGGAAUGAUUUAUGUGGGAAUAGCGUCGAUAUUCUUCGCGAAACGCCUCUCUUUCCUCGCUAUCCUCACGAACGACUAUUAAUCGAGAGUUUUCAAACUGUGCGGAAUGUAGAUGCUUAUGCGCAAAGAAUUUUUGGUUUCAUCGAACCUAAGGUUUCGGGCUUAUACACUUUUGCAAUUUCAUCCGAUGAUACUUCGGAGCUGUGGCUUAGUUUGGACCAAAAUCCACGCAAUCUUCGCUUGAUAGCAAGUGUUUUUUCUCCUACACAAAGCGCUUGGACAGGGGAAAGCGAUUUCUCCAAAUAUGCCAAUCAACAGUCUCGAAACAUUCGCCUUGAGGCGAAUCGAAGAUAUUUCGUGGAAGCACUUCAUAAACAAGGUAACGGUGAUGGCAGGAUUCAAGUUAACUGGAGAAAACCGGGGUCUAUAAAACUCGAAGCUAUAACAGGAGAAUAUCUGAGUGGGUAUUUGGACGAAAAAAAGAGAAACGAAAGCUUCCGUGACUUCAAUAAUAUUAAGGGCCAAGACCACGAGGAACUUCAGUGGAGUCCAAGUCACGUUAAGCAAAGAAUUUUUAAAGGGUUGGAUCUAAAGAGCCAGUUUAAUUACACGUCCGUUCCUUUCAUUAAUCGCAGUGAGGUCAAAGGAGUUUUAAAGUCGUGUUCUUACAAACCGAGUUACAUUAUCGAAAGAAACCUUUCUCGUUACGAAGGUGUUAACUUGGUGCACGAUUCGUUGAUAUACCCGGUCGAUAACACCUUUCUUCAUCAAGCGCGAGUGCCGUGGUCGGCGGGAAAUAAAAUAGUUAAUAAUGUAACUGUUGGCAAAAUUGUUGGGAAAUUUAUGAACAGUUUACGAAAGUUUCAUCGGAAGUACUAUUUACAAAGAAUCCUCAACGUUGAACAGAAUCCUGAUCCUAAGCUGGGAAGUCGUUUCCUGCUUGAGCUUGAAUUGGGUGUCAGUGGAUCAGGUGAAAGCUUCCGUCUCUCUGAAUAUGUGUAUCUUCCUCUUGAGAAAGAGGAGCUUUGUUUCCCUGAAGGAGUAGAGUGGAAUAGCAAUGCAACAGUAUACUUUAUUCUGCCUGUUAAAAACCAGGGCAUGUGGGUCCAUCACUUUGUUUCUCAACUUGCUGCUGUGUCAAAUCAGAGUGGUGAUUACAACUUUCAUGUUAUUGUUGUGGAUUUUUCAAGCGAUGACAUUGAUUUUGAUGAAGUGUUUAGUGUGUGGCCACUUCAAAACCGGUAUACUCUGAUCAAGUUGACUGGGCCAUUCCACAAGACAUUAGGGUUACAGAGGGCUGUCAGUGCUGUACCAAAUGAUGAUGACAUAGUCUUUCUUUUUGAUCUUCAUAUUGAUGUUCCUUUUGGACUGCUGGAUAGUGUAAGAAAGCACACUAUAUUUGGCAAGGUNGCAUAUGCACCUGUUGUGGGCAGACUAGAUUGUGGGGCAUUUCCAAGUGAUCCCUAUGGUUUUUGGCAGGUGAAUGGCUAUGGAAUUUUAAGUGUUUUCAAAAAUGAUUGGGACAGAUUUGAAGGUAUGAAUGUUAGAGAUUUUACCACAAAGUGGGGUGGUGAGGAUUGGGAUCUUAUUGACAGAGUAUUCUCUGUGCAGCUGGAAAUUGAAAGACUUAAACAGCCGGGGUUGUUCCAUUACUAUCACUCUCACAAGGGAAUGUGGAAUACAUAGAUUCUAUAGGCAAACUAAUAGCGUUUUAAAUUGAUCAUGUAUUUAGGAAACCAAGGCAUGCAGAUUGGUGGAAGGCUAAAAUAGGUGUAUGAAAGGGGUGGUCCUAUCCUAGUUCAAAUAAUUUUUUCUUUGUAAAAUUUAAUCUUGUUGCAUUACUAUAGACAGAUGAGUUAAAAGAAAACUUGUGCUUGUGAACCAACUUUGCUGUUUUCCUAUAAAAUUUUCCAAAGUUUCUUCAAAUCUUGCCAGCAAACAUUUAUUUUUCUAUCCCAUCCUUUUUGCUAGAUGUUGUUUUUUAUGCUUAAAUUAUAAACACGGAAACUUCAGAUACAAACAAAACAUUAUUUAAUCAUGCAUGGCGAUAUCUGAUUACAGAAGACCCUUUUCUUUUGGGACCAUAAGGCCAUUCCAAGCACUGUGAUUGACUGUGAUUGGCUGUCAAAAAUGCUACAAAAAAAUUAUUUUUUUUAAUUUUUCAAUUGCGAUUAGUACAAUAAUGAGUAAGAAAACGAGGAUGUACUUAUAAAGUUAACAAUGCCCAUGAAGAAGUUAUCUCCAUCACUAAAUCCUGGAUCAAUUGAGCUUUCAGUCCUAGUAGUAGUUCUGUUGGUUCGAAGAAUUUAGUAUCAGGUCAAAUAACAAUCCCUAGUCGAUAUUUAUCUCUCUUCUCAUUGCUUCUCUGCUCGAUACUGUUUUGAUGUUGGAAGGAGAAAUUCUGUUAAGAUCAUCCAUGGGAGCUUAAAGGUUAAACACUAAAAUGAUGACCUUAAUUUGCUUACAUCUAGUUAAAAUGAUCGGUGGAUACUGACUUGUAAAAUCAGUGUAUAGUAUUGCAAAAUUUUCCCAGAGAAAGGAGGAAUUUUUAUUAUUUAUUCUCUAAUCAAGCAAUUUAGGAUUUCCAUUCAUUAUUUAAUAUAUUUUUUACGUUUGAUAAAAAUUUUAUUUUACCACUAAAGGCUUUGUUAUGCAGGACUACUAGAGCGCUCGCCUUCCACCAAUGUGUCCCGGGUUCGAUUCCCGGACCCAGCAUCAUAAGUGGAUUUAGUUUGUUGGUUUUCUAGUCUGCUCCGAGAGGUUUUUAUCCGGGUACUCAGUUUUCCCCUCUCCUCAAAAACCAUCAUCAUUUGAAUUUAUUUAA